AAAAAGAAGUUUUUCACAAAACGAGAGAGCGCAAGAAGAAGGCGCAAAUCCGGUCUGGGCUUUGUAUUGUAUCGCUGUAUGGGCCGAACCACAACUCAUCAAUUAUAUAUGUCAUCUCAGACGAAGAAAACAAGUUUAAAACUUAUUCAAAGCAACAUAAGACUACAGCUAUAGGCAGCUACAUACAAAACUAUGGCAAGACAGAUGCAGAGAUACAUAGUUAGGCCUUCUGAAGCGGAGAGGUUAAAAUAUAGAUGGGUCGUGCUGGCAUGCUCGUUCGUGAUUCGUAUGCUGGUAUUUGGAUCUUUGUUCUCUGUGGGUGUUUUGUAUAUGCAGUGGCUUAAUGACUUCGGGUCAGGCCGUGGGGAGACGGCAUGGAUUGGCUCUAUAGCGGCAGGCACAACGCUGUUAAUGGGUCCAGUUGGCAGCGCUCUUCUCGACCGUUUCAACUGUCGUCAAAUUAUCGUCGCCAGUGGUGUUGUCCUGGCAACGGCGUUAAUAAUAAGUUCAUUUGCCACUGGGAUCCCAUUCUUAUGUGUAAGCUUCGGUGUUGUAGCAGGUGGCGCUGGCGGAGUCGCGAAUUUAGCAGCGGUGGUUUCCCUAAGCCAAUACUUCGACAAACAGCGCCCCUUAGCGAUGGGGGUUGGUUCCAGCGGGGUGGGAGUUGGAGCUUUUUUAUUUGGAUUCUUACAAAAUAUUUUCGUCGAGCAAUACACGUGGAAGGGUUCCUUACUUUUGAUUGGUGGGUUGCAGUUGAACGUCAUCAUAUGCGGUCUUCUCAUGAUGGAACCUGAGCAAUUACGUCACUAUGACGUCAUAUGGAAUUGGCGAUCACAUGACCUGAACACUGUACAUAGGGUGAAUGGCUCCACCAAUUGCAACGAAAACUGCGACACUGAAAUAUUACAAGUGUUACCACAUAAAGAACUGGAGUUGGCGCAAGAGAAACGUAACGACAGACGUCGAAGCACGAUACAAGUUAUACGGGCUAAAAUGAAAUUGUCAGAGAAAACGAAAACAUUACUGAAGGACCCAACAUUUUGGAUUCUAUUUUUUAGCGAUUUCUUGUCCUGGUUGACACAGUUUGUGCCUUAUGUUCAUUUACCUGAAAGAGCCCUAAUGCUCGGGGUUCAUGAAGGGGCUUUUCUUAUUUCUAUGUUAGGCGUCUCAAAUGCAGUGGGCAAAUCUGUAUUCGGGAUAAUAUGCACUCUGUUUGACCUUUCUACUUUCAAUGUGUUUGUUGCUGCUCAGAUUCUAUUCGGGAUAUCCACCCUCCUUAGCCCUCUAUGCACUCAGCUCUGGUCCCUCAGCUUGUUUGCCAUUUCCUUUGGAUUCCUGAGUGGUAGUUAUGGCCUUAUGAUGGUUAUACCAUCUAAGCUACUAGGGGAAGAAACCUUCACACUUGCUUAUGGGUUAAUGUUGGCUGGGGAGGGGCUGGGGGUUUACUUAGGCCCCCCGAUAGUGGGUUGGAUGUCAGAUGUUUCAAACUCUUACGACACCUCAUUCUAUAUAGCUGGUACUUGCUUAUUACUGGCUGCAGUUAUAUUGUUACUACAACCAAUAGUAGUCUGUGUGAGAAGACGGAAAAAAGUUUCAAUUCGAAAUGCAUGGUUAUGAUGUCAUAGGGGGCUUUAGUGAAUAACAAUUGCUAUUGUUUUAUCAUAAAAUAAACAAUUUUUUUGCAAAAUUAAACUUUAAAUAGAUAACCGCUACAACACAGUUUUGCUGAACUUUAAAGAAGUAGGUAUUAUUUUUGUUUUUAAAGACAUUUUUAUAGUAGAUCUCAUACUGUCGUUAAACUUAUUAAAUUUCUUUUAUUAUUUCAUUUUAUCAGCAUUCAGAUCUAAGCCCAUAACUUAAUACAGAUCAUAUUGCUUUAAUACGAUGCAUAUACGUAUAUGGUUGCUGCUAAAAUUAAAACACAAUGUCGCCAAAUAUGCAAAAUUUAAAAACAUGCAUUCCAAUAAAGAUUGCUUCUGUGAAGUA